UUAUUUAUUUUCUGUCGUCCAUUCAAUAGAAAUAGACGUGCGAGUGAGUCAUGUGUAAAUAAUUAAUUUUACUCACGAAUCUCAUUUGAUUUGAUAGUUUAACAUCUAAGAAUAUUCAGUGCGAUCGUGUGGUUGUUGUACGAGUGACGAAAAUGGCGUUGACCGCCGUAGCGGAAGAGUAUUUUCGUACGUUGAACCCACUUGCAAGCAAAAUUCACGAAGACAUUGUUGAGGCAAAAAGUGCAUAUGAAAAUAUGUGGGAUACGUUAACUGAAAAAGAAAAGGUUGAAAUAAUAAACGAAUCGAUCAUCAAACCGGAGAUUGCUCUCAAGUAUGCGCUUCUGGACACGCUUGAGUUUGAUAUCAACGACCCUCCGGUCCGGAGGGAUGACCUCAUGUCGUUCUUUGGGAGGGAACACGCGCAAAGAGUGAUACAAGAUGAGAAUACAUCUUACAAGGAUGAACACUCGGCCCCGUUCCUCUACCAAACGAAAAGCCAGCUCAACCUCUGCAUAUUAUCCGAACAUCGAAACCAGAAGGAGACCAAACCGACCUCCCCUCUCCCUGUCAUGACCGAACUAGCCAUAUCCCAUUCAAAAGUUGUCUCAGAGUUGAAGAACGCUUUAAAAACGCACGAGAAACUAAAAAGUUAUCGCGAAGAGAGUGAGGUGACGUCACCUGGGUUUAUAUCGAAAUUUAUUAAUAAUUUCAAGAGCAAAGACGAAGAAAGGGAGUGUUUGGUUGUGACGGAACCAGCUCAUAUUGUGGCGUCCUCGGAUAAUUUCUUCAGAACGAACUUUAAAAGCCCUCAGAAUGAGAAAUAUGAAUAUAGGAAUAGCGUCGUGAAGUCUAGCAGUGAUAUCUCCGAAGAAAACCGAGGCCUCCUUUCCUCGAGCCAGGCGUCGUCAGGAACCGACUUCCAGUCCACCGAGACGCUGACAGAAUCCACCACUCUACCAAAGACAGGGUACGACUUCCUGGAUAACUGGUAACGGGGAUCUGAUAGUAUCCUGUCCUUAAGUCAUGUGCACAUUUUUAUGGUAACUAAUUGAUAUUUCAAGGUCAGAAUCUUAAGACCCAGUUUUUUGUUCGUAGUUAAAAUAACCAAUAUUGUCUUUUAUUAUCAGGUCCAAUAGUUUACUAUUAACAAAAUGUAAACUAAUAGUUAAAAAUUGUACUAAGCCUCAAUAAAACUCAUUUUAUUUUUGCAAGUAGGCUUUUAAAAACCACUUUUACACGUCCCAGUAUUAAACCUGCUUCGGGACAAUAAAUGGGCCAGUGUGUUGAGAAGAAGCAGCGCAAGAAACUCAGUCACUAGUCAGCCUCAAGCUUAUUUUGUUGAUAUUUAGCCACUUGUCAUUAAACUUGACAGUUAUUUUUAACUAUGGAUAAAAAAACUGGGCCUAAGAUUUUUCUUAAAUUACAAAGGUAAAGAAAAUUCGGCUUAAUGAAAGAACUUUAAGGUAACUCAAUUUAGAAACUAAAAAUGGUCUUGUGUUCUAUAAAAUAAGGUUGAAAUUGCCAUGGUAUUAAACUAAAAAGGCAUAAUAUAGUCUGGUCUGCGAGCACGUAGAUUUUUUUCCAAUGACCCCAAGCUAUCCAUCCUUAUCGCUCGCGCGUUGCUGUCGCGCUCGCACACUCACUGCGGGCGCCCGUCGCACAGUCGCGACAGCAAUAUAAUUACGCGCGAGCGAUAAGGAUGGGUAGCUAGAGGGCAUUGGACAAAAUUCUACGUGCUUACAGACCGGGCUUUAGACACUAUCGCAUACUUAUAUUGUAUGGUUUGAAAAUGUGUCUAGUUUUUUACGUGUGUGUGUAGGUAUACGACAACCGUAUUAAUAUUAAUGCAAAUGUAUGGUAUAAUGGGCAAAAAUCCUCAGUUGAUAUUUAACUUUAUUACUAAAGAAAUAAGGCUUAAAUUGUGUUGUAUGAUUGCGAUUAUAGUUUGUGCUUGUGAUUAAUUUAUACCAUUUAUUUUCUAGUGAUAUUUAUAUGCUUACCGUGUUUACACUUACGACUCAUCAAUGUAGGAAGAAUAAUAUUCUCUCUCUGAAAAACAUCAAUCUUUUAAACUGCGAUCUCCAACCCGCCUGCCAAGCGUGGGGAUUAUGGCAAAACCCUCCACUAUAGUGGAGGAGGCUCAUAGUCCAGCAGUGGUCUGUAAAGGGCUGUUGAUGAUGAUGAUGAUUUAAUAUAUUACUGAUAGUACUAAGGUACCAUGUUCAUAAAAUGGCAUGCUUUAUUAACAAGCGUGCUCAAACAACUCGAAAUAAGCAUGCUUAUUAUUAGCAAUGUUUCAACACAUGCUACUAAGUAGCAAUUGCUCAAUAGUGGCAUGCUUUCGUGCUAAAGUACGGUCGCCGAGCACGUAGGAUUUCGUCCAAUGACCCCAAGCUACCCAUCCUUAUCGCUCGCGCGUAAUAUUACUGUCGCGACUGUGCGACGGACGGCCGCAGUGAGUGUGCGAGUGAUAAGGAUGGGUAGCUCGGGGUCAUUGGACGAAAUUCUACGUGCUCGGCGACCGGACUUUAGUAAUGAGUAUGUGUAACUGUACCAUUAUUACACUCUGAUUUUAGUUAAAUCUAUCAGCCUGUAUGUUAGUGCUCAUAGUAUUAAUAUUUUGCCAAAAAUACGUAGAAAAGCUUCGUAAUCUCAUUUUGUAAGACUGUGACAGUUGUAUUUAAGUUUAUUUAUGCGUAUACAGGGUGUCGCUACUGUGUGUACUUUUUUAAAGUAAAAAUUUUUCAAUUGUCAGAUAACUUUUAAUUUGCCAGGCACUGUCUUGUGUCAAGAUGUUUGCCAAACAAAAAUGUUUUUUGUUAGUAAAAAUUAUUAGUAUUCUAAAGUUGUCUUAUUUUGUAUGGAAAUGGCUCAGUCAGUAAGACCGUUAUAUCUUUUGAAGUUAUCUGGCAGUUAAACAAUAUCCCCAAAUGAUAUUAGUAUGUAAUAAUGACUGCACGUCAAGUUAGCACUGGAGUAGCAUCUUAUUUAUUCGUUAAGUGCUGUUUUGCAUUAAAAUGUGCUGUCACUGUACAUUAUACACCCUGUAUUAAAACUAUAAUUUAAUACUCCGUACUGAACUGCAAUUUUUUGAACAAAAUUGUAUUAAUUGGUGUGUUACUCUCUUAAAAUGCAUUUACUCUGUGUAAUUUAUUUAAUUUUGUAUUCAUUACUAGAGUUAUGCCCGUUUUCACCAUCAAUCCCUAAUUUUUAAGUGACCCCUAUGUAAACAAAAUUCCUGUUAAUUGUUACCACAGGGGUCACAUAAAAAAUAGGGAUUGAUGGUGAAAACAGGCAUUAGUAUUACUUAUUGCAAUAUCAAAUAUACGUCUUGCUUAGGAAAUCGAUUUUUAUUUUAUUAUACG